AGACCUCUUAAUAAAAACAACAGGAAGAGAUUCGCACGGGCUGGAAAAGGCGAUCUGGUUUAGCGAAAAUGAAAUCAUAAAAUUAGUCGUGUUUUACUUCAUUAGGAAGAAAAAAAACUGCCAACACUAACAGCGAAAUGAGAGCCGUACAUUUUGCCAUUUUUAUCAUUGUUUCGUUGUUUGUUCUUGAAUAUGCUGAAGGGAAUAUCCACAGAGCUGUUCAUACCCGUAGGCGGCCUAAGCAGGAGAGUGGAUUUCUCACAAGGUUUUACACAAAAUUGCAGAAGUCCUGGCUCGCUAUCCCUGCUUCAUUCCUCGUUGGAUGCACAGGGAUUUUUCCACUUCUUGUGAUUCCAGUACAAUCGGGGAAAUCAUUAAAGGAAGGAGUAACUUCUCAGAGGCUGCAGAUUCUCCUAAGUUUUGCAGUUGGAGGUCUACUUGGGGAUGUUUUUCUACACUUGCUACCGGAAGCUUGGAUGUACCUUGGCAAAGAUGGACAUAAUCAUUAUGGCCACAUGAAAGUUGGACUUUGGUGCCUGGCAGGUCUUCUAGGAUUUCUUUUGUUAGAAAAAGGCUUUGCAGAAGAAAACAAAGAAGAAGAAGAAGAACAGCAUGCCAAAGAUGCAGUCCAAGAACAGAUUCAAGAGCCUUCUCUUAGCUCUGACUGUAGUCUUGCAAAAGUUAGUGGACUCACACAACUUGUACAUGAAAAGGGUAUUUCAAUGUGUCUUAGCACUGGUGGUGUUGAAAAAAGAAAUAUCAAGAUCACAGAAGUUAUAGACAAUGAUCCUAAGCCUGAACCAAAAAACGAAAAUGAUGAUGGUAAACCAAAAGAGAAAAUUGCGGUGUUUGGUUAUUUGAAUCUGUUGGCCAACUGCAUUGAUAAUUUCACUCAUGGACUUGCCGUUGCUGGUAGCUUUGUUGUCAGCAAUCAGGUUGGCAUGUGUACAACAUUGGCCAUUUUGCUUCAUGAAAUACCCCAUGAGAUUGGAGACUUUGCAAUCCUUCUCAAGUCAGGCUUUAAACGAUGGGAUGCUGCUGUUGGCCAGAUGAUUACAGCUUCUGGAGGACUUUUGGGUGCUGUUUUUGGUAUUUUAGCUGAAGGGGCGGGGGAUACCACUGCUUGGGUGUUACCUUUUACGUCUGGGGGAUUCAUUUAUAUUGCUAUGGGAACAAUUGUGCCGGAUCUUCUUAAGGAAGAAAACCCAAGAGAAUCGGUCAAGCAAGUGCUGGCACUCAUUGCAGGCAUCGGUACAAUGUGGAUGGUGUCCGCUCUGCAUCAUUGAACCAACGCUUUUUGUACAAAUCAAUCCAUUCAUUUCUAUGAUAUAUAAUCUAUCUGGGUUUC